UUCCAGAAACUCCCUGUGGAACAACGUUUGAGUCAAUAACCCCAGUUGAAUGUUGUCGUGUAGAAGUCGAAGUGGAGGGGCAAUCUAUACAGGCUUUGUUGGAUACCGGUUCUACGGUUACUAUAGUCCAUCCUAAACUUUUAGCAGGAAGGCUUCUCCAAACCACCUGUUUUCCCCUUAUGACUGUCACCGGUGAACGAGCAGCGAUGAUGGGCCACUGUAAGGCGAAUCUCAAGGUGGGCGACUACAAUACCAUAAUGUGGGUAUGGGCUGCUGAUAUUCCAGAAUCCUGCCUUCUGGGGAUUGAUUUUCUGCAUGGGGCUGCUGCGGUUGUGGAUCUAGAUGCAGCCACGCUAACAUUUGCGGCAAAGUGCUCGGUACCAAUCUACUUCCACUCUAUGUGGCCAGGGCCCCAGUCUCAUUAUAUGGGCCCUCUGAAUGGGAGCUCCGUCACUCAGGCAGUUUCCACCCAAUCGUCAACAGUACAGUCGUUUGGGGCACCAAGUUUCUGUUCUGCGCCAGGCCCGUCAACUGUUCAACCUUCUGUUGGUUUAAAUGCUUGCCCUGGGGUCUCCAUUAAAGAUGUGAAAAGCUCCACCUCCAUAUGUACAGCGCAGGUUGUCUGGGAGAAAAGUAGUCAGGGUCUGGAUGAGUCUCAAAAGCAAAAACUUUGGCUAGUGCUAGAGCGCCAUCAUGCCAUUUUCUCUACGUCACCCAGUGAUGUUGGUCAGACUCAGUUGGUACAGCACUGUAUAAACACGGGGAACGCACCACCCAUUAGACAACGGGCAAGACGGUUGCCAGUUUCUAGGCAGACAGCUGCAGAACACUGCCUGGAAGAAAUGAGAGCAGCAGGAGUGAUAGAGCCAUCAGAGAGCCCAUGGGCUUCACCUGUUGUAUUAGUCCCGAAGAAAGGUGGUAGUUGGCGUUUCUGUGUUGAUUUCAGGCGACUCAACGAAGUGACCGUUAAGGACUCCUAUCCUCUCCCACGGGUUGACGAGUCUUUGGAUCGCAUUGCAGGAUCUCAGUGGUUCUCUUCCUUAGACCUGCGAAGUGGCUAUUGGCAGGUGGCCCUCAGCGCCGACUCAAGGCCGAAGACAGCUUUCACCACAGGGACUGGCCUCUGGCAGUUUAAAACCCUGCCCUUCGGGUUGUGCAAUGCUCCAGCGACUUUUGAGCGGUUGAUGGAGCAGGUGCUCCAGGGUAUUCCAAAGGAGUUGUGCUUGGUAUAUCUGGAUGAUAUUUUGGUACAUGGAAAAGACUUUGACUCUGCUCUAAGUGCCCUUGAUCUUGUCAUGACCAGGAUAGCUCAGGCGGGCCUUAAGUUACAUCCAGAAAAGUGCCAGCUAAUGCAAAAAGCUGUCACUUUCUUGGGCCACCAUGUUAGCUACGCUGGAGUAGCUACGGAUGACCAGAAGACUGCAGCUGUUCGCAACUGGCCGGUUCCGUGCAGUCUCAGGCAGUUACGAGCUUUCCUCGGGCUUGCAUCAUAUUAUCGGAAAUUCGUAUCUGGAUUUGCUACUAUAGCCGCUCCCCUCCAUCAGUUGACUAAGAAGGCACAGCGUUUUUCUUGGGGGCAGGAACAACAGCAGGCUUUUGAUAGCCUGAAGGAGGCUUUGUGUAAUGCGCCAGUGCUCGCAGCUCCAGACCUCAGAUUGACAUUUAUUUUGGAUACAGACGCAAGUAAUGUUGGCUUGGGGGCUGUCCUCUCUCAGGAGGGGGAAAAGGGAGAGAGAGUUAUUGCAUACUACAGUCGAGCAUUCAAUCGGGCAGAGCGCAAUUACUGUGUAACCCGAAGAGAGCUUUUGGCCGUGGUUGACGCAGUAACCCAUUUCAGACAUCAUCUAUGUGGGCUCCCUUUCGUGGUCAGAACAGAUCAUGCUUCAUUACGUUGGCUACUGUCUUUCCGGGAGCCAGAAGGGCAGGUGGCCCGUUGGAUUGAACGGCUGCAAGAGUUUCAGUUCACCAUUCAACAUCGAAAAGGAGAAAGUCACCAGAAUGCAGACGGGUUGUCAAGACACAUGUGUGAAUCAACAUGCCCACAGUGUAAGGGUUUGUGGUCGAUGAAAAAUCACUUGGCCCUGAAGUCAGGAGUGCUGCAAAGACAGUUUGUGGGGACUGCAACUGGCCUAGUGAAAUGGCAGAUUAUUGUUCUGAAGUCCUGCUACCAAUUGGUCCUGGAGGCUAUACCUGGUCGGCCAGGUGUUGGAAACAUUGGAGUCAAUAAAACACUGAAGCGAGUUAGGCAAGAGUUUUACUGGACCACCUGUCGUAGGGAUGUAGAGUCAUUUUGCAGACAAUGUGAUACCUGUACAGCUAAGAAAGGGCCACCGGGCCAGUCUCAUGCUCCCUUGCAACAACGUCAGGUUGGCUGCCCUAUGGACCGUGUGGCAGUAGAUGUUUUGGGACCAUUCCCGCAGACCCAGAGAGGAAAUCGGUUUGUGGUGGUUGCCAUGGAUUAUUUUACGAAGUGGCCAGAAGCAUACGCCGUACCCAAUCAGGAGGCAAGAACUGUGGCUGACGUUCUCUUGGAAGGCAUGUUUGCUCGCUUCGGGGUUCCAGCUGAGGUGCAUACAGAUCAAGGCAGAAAUUUCGAAUCACGCCUGUUUUCAGAAUUUUGCAGACAGCUCGGCAUAUGGAAGACAAGGACUACUCCCCUACACCCCCAAAGUGAUGGGCUGGUGGAAAGGUACAAUCGAACCCUUGCCACACAGCUGGCAUUGUGCGUGAGUAGAGAUCAGAGGGAUUGGGAUCUUCAGCUGCCAUUGGUCCUGCUUGCUACACGAAGUGCGGUGCAGGAGACGACCGGUUGCACACCCGCACUCCUGAUGCUGGGCAGAGAGCUAAGGACUCCUUCCUCACUAAUAAUGGGUCAACCACCAGAUGCGCCGGCCGCGCCGCCGGGGUUGGAGUAUGCUCAUCAGCUGCAAGAUCGGCUGCAGUCGGCUCAUGAAUACGCUCGUCGUCAGGCUCUGCAAGCUGGUGUUCGUCAGAAGCGGGCGUAUGACCAUCACUGUAAGGGGCGUGAUUUCUGCGCUGGAGAGUUAGUCUGGGUCUAUGGACCAAAGAGAAAGAAGGGACGCUCACCUAAACUGGACAGUGCCUGGAUUGGUCCCUGUUACAUUGUAAGGAAGCUUGGAGAGACAGUGUACCGUGUUAGGAAGAGGCCAGGAGGAAAGACUGUGGUAUUGCAUCGGGACCGGCUGGCCCCAUACCAAGGAGAACAGCAACCCUUCAGGAGCUACAGUCCACGGCAGACUGUUGGGGCAACUCACCCCGCGCACGGAGGAGCUGAACACGCAGCGCCGGGCAACGGGUGGGGAACCUCAGCAGGCUGUGAAGAGGGUGACUCCCUGAUUCAGGGUUCUGGGGAGACUCUGGACACCUCUGGAGGAGCUGAACACGCAGCGCCGGGGGGGUCUGGGGUUUCUCAGGGACAGUCUGAGUCAGGGACAUCCGAAGAUCUAACCUUGGCCAAGGAUUGUCACGAGAGUGGAAGGAGGCAUAAAGGACGAAUCUUUCAGAAUGCAGAGGACAUACCAACUACGCCCUUGGGAGCUGUACUGCCAACCUAUGUUCCGCGGGGGCCCCGAGAUGUGAGAGGAGGUCCCGGGUUAAGACCGAGGGACGUGCUUCGAGUGCCACAACGUUUCUUGGAUUUCACCCUUCCUCGGGGACGAGGAAAACUAAGGGGGGGGCAGUGUGGCGAGGAUGCUGGUAGCUCUUGAUAAUAAUGUGUUAAUGUUUUGUGGAUGUACUGUUUAGUGGGGUUAAUAACUGCACUUUGACACUGUUUGGGGGGAGGUGUCCGGGAGGGGGCAAUAGAGGGUGGUGGAGGCGGUAAAAAAGA